GUUCAACACCGUCUGGCACUGUACGUCGUAUAAAACAGCAACUACAUCUAUCUUCUCCUGAGCCUUCUGACUGGAACGAGGAUUUUCCCGGUAAACUUUUCAAUAAUUUUUCAUCUACUCUUGUACCAAACACGAUGAUGGUGACAAUGAUGUCUAAAAGUGGUGUGAAUGGCAAAAACUUGUUUUUGAAUUAUACCACACCUUUGUUCUAUCGCGAACAGAUGGAUUUUCAUCUGUCAACUAAUAAACAACAAAUGUUAGAAACUUCAGCUUGCAUGCCGGACGAUGUAUCUCGUUGUUCCGGUUUCAUGAAUACACGACCAAAAAAUAAAUUGAAACCAAUAAAUGAAAAAUCUCAAACAGCAAAAAAAGCUGUUGGCGAUUUUUGUAACAUGCUUGGAACUGCUCUUGGAGAAGUCAGGUUAAAAAAACAAAUAGAUUGUUCUCCAGAGUCUGGGCACGAUUCGAACUGCAAUGUGAGCUGUCGCGAUGUUCAACUUUCAACGACGUCCUCAGAAUCAUCGAGUAGCUAUAAUGAAGAUGAUAAUAAUAGUACAAGCGAUAGCUGUAGUACCAGUUCGGACAGCAAUGAUUCUAAUGAAAGUGAUUGCUCAUCGGAUGACCAAGAAAUUGAUCCAGGAGCGAAAAAAAAUAUUUAUAAAAACUGUGAUAAUGAACAUCGGACUGUUAAUACAAAAAGCAGCAAAUCACAAUUUGGGUCCGUUUCACUAUACGGGAAUUCAAGAGUAAAUGAGUGUAAUAAACUAGCGAUAGCUUUUGGGGCUAAUGUAACAAACACAAAUGAGUCUUGGGGGUUUGCCGCUGAAGCUAAAAAAAAUAUCGAUAUUUUCAGUGCUAAAUUCAAAGAACAAAAACCGCAUGCUUCUCCGGGUAAAAGUGAACUAUUCAAAGAUGCUAAACAAAACACUGAAGCAGACGAUGAAACUUGUCAUCGAUUGCAGAAUUUUUUAACUCACAGCAGCAGAGAAAUCAAUAGUAAUAACGUUAGUUUAGUGACAGCACCAUCAAACUCCCCUAGGAUAAACAAAAAGAUAUUCAAAUUGCAAAGCACAACUUCUGAUUUGGAAAUAAAACGAACACAUACAAAACAUAUCGAUAAAAGAGACUCCGUUUCAAACAAGAGUACAAUUUUAAGUCGCUGUUUUUCUUCGUUGAAACAAAAUCAACAAAUAAGCAAAGAUAAGUACAAUCUCUUCAUGAUUUCUAUUGGAGAGGAAGGAAUGCCGGAUAAAUUAUCGCCCAGUAAGCUUGUGAAAAAAGCUAUCAACGAGAAGCGUUUUGAGCUGCAAAAUAAAGAUUUAAUCUUCAAAAAUGAUUCGCAAAUUAUAAAAAUGUUAAACACCGAAAAUAUCAAUAACUGCGCUAGCGUCAAUGUUAGCAACAGCAGUACUCAUGCUUCGGUUAAUGGUAUAUCAGAAUACCAGCAAUCAAUCAACAAUAUUGCCCGCAAAGCGGCCACGGAAAGAAAAGCUGAUUCGUCUGACGCAACACAACACGUGCCACCCUACAACAAAUCUCCCUCUAAAAUGGAACAACCUCCACUUCCGAAUGGGGUAACGGAAAAAGAUGCUGAACUUUACAAACAAGUCCGGGAUCAGGCGACCAGUUCGUUGGCAGAGAUGAUGCGGUUAGAUGCGCAGACGUUCGCCAAAGCUAUUACACCAGAACCUCCAUCACCAUCGAAGAAAAAUACACUUUUAUCUACAAUGCAAAGUCCGUCAAAGUUCAUGGCUGCACAAGAACGAUGUCCUGCUGCUAUAGAAUUUGGGAAACAUGAGAUUCAAACUUGGUAUUCUAGUCCAUUUCCGCAGGAGUAUGCCAGAUUGCCUAAACUUUUUCUAUGUGAGUUUUGUUUAAAGUACACCAAAAGUAAGGCAGUCCUGCAGCGACAUCAAGAUAAGUGCUUGUGGCGCCAUCCUCCUGGAACAGAAAUAUACCGAUGCAAUGACAUUUCAGUUUUCGAAGUAGACGGUAAUGCUAACAAAAUAUAUUGCCAAAACUUGUGCUUGCUGGCAAAACUUUUUCUGGAUCAUAAAACAUUGUACUACGACGUAGAGCCCUUCCUGUUCUACGUCUUAACUAAAUAUGACAGAAAAGGAUAUCACCUUGUUGGCUAUUUUUCUAAAGAAAAACACUGUCAACAAAAGUACAACGUGUCGUGCAUAAUGACGAUGCCGCAGUAUCAACGACAAGGCUUCGGAAGAUUCUUGAUUGAUUUCAGUUACCUCCUGAGUCGUGAAGAAGGCCAACCUGGUACACCAGAAAAACCAUUAUCUGAUUUGGGUCGCGUGUCGUAUCAUGCCUAUUGGCGAUCAGUAACUAUGGAAUAUCUUUAUCACAAUCGCCAUCGAGCAGUGUCGUUACGAACGAUUUCACGAGACACAGGAAUUGUGAUCGCAGAUGUAGCCUUAGCUUUUCAGUUAUUGAAUUUUGUAAAAUAUUUAAAAAUACCCAAAGAUGGGUUUAAAAUAUAUAAACCUAUCAUAUGCAUCGACUGGGAUGUUGUAAAUAAACACUGUGAACGUGUUUUCAGUUCUAGCAUGAGACGUACUAUUGAUAAAGAAUGUUUGCGUUGGACACCCCUACUAUCUUCGGUGCCCUAUUUUCCGGAACAUGAUAUAGCUCCUGUUGUUUCACCCCCAUUGGAUAAAAGGCUCAAACAAGAAAAUGUAGAAGAAGGAACCCUCGUGCAUGAAUCUGACACAGGCAAACAUCCGAUAUCCGUUGUGGCUGCUCUACAAAGUGAUGUUUGUGAAGAAUUCAGGGGCAUAAAAAAACGUGGUAAAAGAUACUCCACGGCGAGGCCUGUUAACCUUUAUAAAAAAAUAGAAAAGCAAAUUCCACUUGUCUUAGAUUCAUCAAACGCCAAAUCUGGUGAAAGAAUUAAUCAAAAUGUUAUAGAAUCCUCUUCAUCUGGACGCAAGCGUUUAAGACCAUUCAAAUUCAAUGAAAAUAUUUCUUCUCCUAAACCUACGUCAAGCGCAUCAACUAUUCAUACACCUGCACAAAAGAAACGCAGAAGAUCUGAAUUAUUGCAGGCCGAUGUGGAAGAAAACAAGCGUCCAAAGUUAGACCAGGUAAAAGAGCUAUCGUUAAAAGAUUUAUCACAGGUAUCAACAUCUGUAAGACGACCAAGUAACGUGCGCAAAUCGAAAGAUGGUCCUCAGCGGAGAAGCGAAGAAAGCAAAGAUUCUUUACAUGAACAUCAACAGUCAGAAUCUUCGAAAGGUAUAGUAACUUAUACUACAGUUGAGGACAUAAUUUUCGAGAAAACAAAUGUCGUUGUUGCUAAAGAGAGCCCUUCAGUUUCACAGAAGCUCAAAAGACAAACAUUUAAAAGGUUUGCAAGGCGAAAUUCUGGUAAAAACAGUCGACUUGCUGUUCCCGAAGUUGCUAUAGAUAGUGACGGACAUAAUUUAUCAUCGGUAGUAAAAAAGCAGUCGACUCUGCCAGAGACAGUUCGAACGAAACUUCAUUCUCGUCAUGCUUUUGCGGUAGUUAAGGAAGAUGUUGAAAGUGAAACUUGUAUUCAGGAUUCAGGAGCAAGAGAUAGGCGACAAAUUGGUAACAAGAAUAGUUCAUCAAGCGAAAUGUCCUCAGGAGAAGCUGACGAUGAAAUGGAGGAAGAAACGGUUAAUCGCAAAAAACGUAUUCUUUCGAAGGAAUGCUUGGCUUUUUCUGUAACAAAAAGUUCUUGUGUCGACAAAAUGGAUGUUUUUGCUGAAGAAAACAAUGAAGCUCUUAGCGAUAUGAUAACUUCAAUUGCAACGAUAAGUGAUCAUAAGGAACCACAUACUCAAACAACAGAUGAUGUACAACUGAAACCCACGCUUGAAAUAGACACUAAAAGCGAACAAGACAAUAAUGAUAUAAAGAAAGCGCAAAAUGAAGAUAUCUCUGAAGUGGUUGAUAAAUGUGUGAAAAAUGAGACAUUGGCCGAGUCAAACACCCAAGCAGAACAUGAUACAACAAAAAAUGAUGUUUCCACUGACUUAUGUAACAUGCGCGUUACUGACAACAAAACACCUGAAGAGAAGUUAAUAUCUCAGAUUGCUAGAAUUGAUAAGAGUUCAUCUCAAAAUGACGGAACGGGCAUUGAAUACGAAAACGUGAUGAGUAGCGUAGAAAACAAAUAUGACGAUGAGUGUGUAAUAUUGAAGUCUACCUAUAAAUCCAAAAUCGAAAACAAUGGUUCUGAAAGUGACCAUUCAAUUUUUAGCGUUGUCAAUGAAACAGUUUUGAUUAAUCAGUCUGACUCAAAAGACAAAAAUGAAUUACCAUGUAGUGAAAGAAGUGAGUCUUUAGAAAACAUCAAACUCAACGUUUCGGCAACUGAAUUAAACAUAGAUGUGGCGUUUACCACCCAGUUCGGAAGCGCGUCUCGAACAGCUGCUGAACAGCAAAACGAUCCUAGUACUGUGUGUAGCAAUGUCAAUGGCGGUAACAAAGAUUCUUUUUCUACUGAAUUGAGUGAAAAAAUAUCGGUUAUUACGGAGUCGAAGUCUGGUGUCGGUAAGGAAACUGUCAUUGAAAUAGACUCUAAAGUGAAUGAGAAGUUGUCAGAAGGCCAAAAUACAGUAGAGGUAGUAGAAAAAGAUGCAAACACAAUUGUACCAUCAUGUCAAACGAUCGAACCACAGCAACAAGCUAUUUUCUUUCCGUCCGUUACUCUUAACAGCGAUGGAGUAGCUGGCAAUAACACGACAAGUGUGUUAAUGGUUAAUGAGAAUUACGAUAAAAAUUUAGAAAUUAGAAGACCUAAAAUUAUUGUUGAUAUAAAGUCUACUAGUGAUUGCGAAGCUGGGGCUCAAAAACGCGAAAAGGUUGAACAAAUUGAAACCACCACUUAUGUGUGUCUUGAGAGCAAAAAUUCGACUAAAGGUCAUAAAGAUUCUGGUAAUAAAUUGGAAGUAGAAGAAAAAGCACUCGAGGAUAACUUAACAGUUGCUCCUCCUGUCGUUACAUCUUUUGAAAGUGGAGGAUCUCAUAAAAAAAAGUUUAUCAAAAACGCUGCUGAGGAAGCCAGUAAGCAACACCUUGCCGAGGUAGCUGAAGCGGAACAACACAAGGAAAUGUCAGUUAUUCAGCAAUGUGAAGAUGUUAAAAAUUAUAAUUUGUCAGCAACACCAAUAGUAAGUUCGAUCGGCUAUAUACGUGAUGAAAAACUGGAGCAGUCGCCCACUAACCCUGUAAUUGAUAUCAAAAAAGAACCUUCGGUUGCAAAGUCCUCGAAGAACGAUGUGGAUUUGAUGGUUCAACAGCAAACCAGCGAAAAAAACAAACCAGCCGAAACCAAGACAUCGAGUGUAUGUCAUGAAUUGUCAAACAACUUCGAUAAUUUAUCAAAAAACUGCGCAGAUCCACCUAAGAAAACAAAGGAGAAAAGUUCCAAUGUUGAAGAUGGUAAAAAAAAUAAAUUAGAGGUCAAGCGAGUUCAGAAUGCUACUGUUAAAGCUGAAUCAAAAAACGAGGUGAAAAUUAGGGCUGAUCAAGAGAGUUACAGUACUAGUGGCAAUAGUGUAGGUAACGUAGGAGUUGCUCUGAAAAGACCGGAGAGUAUAAAGAAAGAAGCACUCAAAAAUGCAUCAGCUUCCAAUGGUGGUAAUUGCGCUAAAAAUAAUUAUGCGACUGAUCAAACAAAGCAAAAUUCCACAACAGAUAAUAGCAAAAUUAGUUUAAAUGCAACUACCAGCAGUGUAAAUCCUCGUGCAGAAAAAUACACUUCAAAACAUUCUAUGCAUGAUUCAAAAACUAUUGAUCUCAACAAAAUAGCUCCUCAGUUUCCCGCCAUUAAUCAGUUACCUAAUUACCACACUACUUCACAAUAUUGGCAACUAGAUCCUUACUACCAAAGUUACAAUCUCUCGCAUUUGGACGCUUCAAACCAGAAAUCGCCCAACAAAUUUCAUCUCGAUUUGGCAACAUCAAUGGCUUAUGGUAGCUUUCCAUCGAAUCUAUAUCAAACUGCGUUCCAGCAACAUCAAGAGCAACAGUACCAGCAACACCAGCAAUCAUAUCAAGUUAAAGAACGUUCAAACCAAAGAUUAGACAAGAAAUGUUUAUCGGGCCAAAAUAACAUAAAUUCUGAGUUGCAUAAGAGUAUAAAAAGUGCAAAAACAAUGGAAGAAUCAAAAUACAGUAAGAAUACCAUCGAUAAUCAAAUGCAGCAACAAUUAACUGGUGUUAACAUGACCGUUGGUACAGAUGGUUCUUGCGCAAAAUCAGCUGGUUUACAAUUCGGUGGGCAUAAUACAAUUAAAACGAGCUCGAAAGGCAAGGUAGAUCACAAGGUAAACGACAAUUGUAUUAUAAAUAAAACAAAUCAGCAGCACAACGAACAAGCUGCACAUUCCAGUCAACAAAGUAAUUCCUGCCAGAUGGCAGGCAUACAACAGCACCAUAAUCAGCAAAUGUUGAACAAAAACAUGCAGCAGCAGAUCGUUUCAUCUAAAACCAGUUUUCAAAAUGAUGAUUUGAAUCAACAGGAAAAUACAAACAAUAAUUCUAGUAUGCCAAAUACAGACAUAAAGCAUCAACAUAGUAGUCAAAAUGAGGUGCAAUCCAUCGGUGUUUAUACCCCAGAUUCAACGACAAAUUCGGUGCAUAGCCUGCAUCAGUAUGGCCAAUGUGAUCUCGAUGUUACUCAGUUAGGGUUGGAAUCGCCUGCUAGCAUUUCAAGCGAUAUUAAUACUCAAGGUUCUGUUGACAAUAUGAGGCCUUCUAGUGUCGUAUCUCAUCAAGUGAAUACAUAUUCUGAUUGCUCACUUCAACAACAGCAACAUCAGUCACAAAUGCAACAAAUGAAUAUGCACACUCACGUUUCAGCUUCAAGUCCACAGCAAUCAAUGGCAAUUAUUAAUAGUAAUUCAAGUAUGGAGAAUGCGGGUACGGCCGCACGUGGAAAAGUUCAGCAACAACAACUCUCACAUCAAACCAAUAGGAGUACUACUAAUAAUCGAUCUACGACUCCAAAAAUCAGUAGAAACACAGCAACUCCCGUGAGUACUCAUCAGCAACAACAGCAGAGACAUCAAAACCGCUCCACUCCCCCAGUUGGGAAUGCUAUUCCGCCAUUGGCAAGUCCAGGUCAUCACCAACAACAUCAACAAUCACAGCAACAGUCAAUGCAACAGCAGAAUGUAGCACAACAACAUCAGCACCAGCUGGCGUUGCAGCAACAAAUGCAUCAAUCGUACGGUCACAUUUCGGGAGCAUCUAUAAAUCAUCAGAAUCAUUCACAAAACAUGCAUCAGUCCGGAUACAUCACAUCUCAAUUAGGCAUCUCUAGUCAAGGCUAUCCCCAAUCGCCUACGUCUUAUGGAAGCGUUCCGAUGACCACUGUGAUACAACAUAGAAUGUCAGGGAGCCACACAAGUUUAGCAACACCUAAUAGCCUCCACAGUCCCCAUCAACGUCUUGGACCAUCGCCUUCUUCAUGUGCCGUUUCAUCAGCCAACAAUUUUUACAUUCAACCGGGUAGUGCUAGUCAUCAACAGUCGCAUACACCAAUACCCGCACCUACGCCCACACCUACUCCGACACCAACCCCAACACCUCAGAUGGAUAACAAUUGUCAAGCAGGAAAUAUUCAAGGAACAGUAAGUCAAGGUCCAUCGUGUAAUACACCACCGGCAGGAGCAGUCAAUAUCACACCUCCACCAAAUCAUCACUCCCAUGUUGGUGGUACACUCACACCUUCUCCUUCGUCGCUAAUGAGCCAGCAGAAUACGGUUAGAAAUAUUUCAACACCACCGGCUUCCAUCCAAACCCAGAUGCCAUCCUUGAAUUAUCACAAAUACUACACUGGAAAUAUGAACGUGUCCCCAAUUGCAGGAUCACAAAACAGCCGGUUAUCGCGAAACACGGCAUCCGCUCCUAUUCAGCAUAUGAGUAAUACUUCGAACCGAGUUAGCCCGAACGUUGCUAUUAGUCCCAACCUAAUGUCACCGUACAGUACAUUAAAUUCUUAUCGUAUGUCAGCUGCUCAAUCUUCAAGUACAGGUGGAUAUAUAACAAAUCCCACCGCCGGGUUUAUAAACAAUGCAACACAAAUUCCAGUACAGAUGGGAGUUAUGAAUAUGCAAUCACAAUAUCAAGACCCAUCGGCAAUACAACGGGCUCAACAAAACUCAAUGUAUCCAGCAGCAUACUCGGCCUACUUACCUGCUAUGAGGCGAUAGAAAAAUGAAUAAAUAUAAACUUUAACACAUAGAAGGGACUUGUGGUCCUCUCUCACAAUAUUACACGUCGAUUAUCAUACCAAUGUAUAAUCGCAAAGUUUUUGUUUCCAGCUUUUUAGAUCUGUCCGUCCGUCCGUACAAUUUGUUUUGUUGAACAAAACUGUUUCCCAUUUGCGUUGAUCUCAAAAUUUAGCAAGUUUGUUGUUAGCGAAACAUCUUAUUCUUACGAUGAAGCCAUGUAUAAAAGUGUAAAGUAUGUGUGAAUAAUAUUUGAACAAAAUGGGAGUCAUCCUUUUCUCACUUGUUGAAAAUGUAAAGUACUAUGAACAUCUUAACCUUGUUUAGAUUACUAAAAUAAGGGCUGUUACUGUAAGUGUUAUAUAAUAAGAUAAGCAGAUAAUGAUAAGAGAAAACAUAUAAUUUAAUUAGGAUUACCCUAAUACGAAUGCGUAUUCGAUUUUAAGUGGGAUUCUGUUAUUUUCUCAAAAAUAUUUGUAUAAUAUUUAAAACAUGAUAUUAAAAUAAUGAUUUACCUUUACGA